UGAGCAGAGAGAUUUGCAGAGAGCAGAGGGAUGCAGGAGGAGAGGAGAGAGUCAUGGGACGGCAGAGCGGAGAAGGUGGAGUAGAUGAUUGACACAAGGAUGACUCCAGGAGAUGGAUCGAAGCUAAUACAAGAGGUGGGGGAAGCAGAGAGAGAGAGAGAGAGAGAGAGAGAUGGAAUUAUAAGACUGAUGGAUGGAGACAGUGGACGUAUAGAGACAUAGAGGGGGAACGAGCUGCUUGGCAGGUGUGACAGUCUCCUCCUCUAAGUCCUUCUUCUCAGGGGGCCUGGAGAACUGAAAGGAAGAAAAAAAAAACACAAGAAAAGAGGAGGGAGAGAAUAAUCCCCCCCCCCCCUUCCUCUUCUUCUCCCAGCCAAUAACAGAGAGAGCUGCACCAUCCACAGGACCAUAUAUAAAUGAGGAGAGGGGGACCAGACUGUUCACAUGAAGGGAGAGUAAGGUGACAGCACUUUGGGAUUAAGACACUAAGAGUCACAUCGGAUCCUUCCCUCCUCCCUUUCUCUCACUUCCUCUCUCCAAAAUCUUGCGCCCCCCCCUCCUCUUCUUUCCAGACAAAGACCCCCCCACCCCCAAACUGCUUACCCAUCCCUUCUCUCUGCUGAUUGCUUCAUCAAUAUUUUUAUAUCUGUAUCUAUUUAUCUAUAUAUAUAUAUUUAUUUUUUUGGGGAUCUUUUUCUACUUCUGGAAGCAUCUUCGGAAUCUCUUCUCUCCUUUGUUCCAGACGAAGGAAUAUUUUCAUAGUAUUUGAUUUUUUUGAUUUUUUCACGCUCCGGUUUCUUGUCUCGAUCCCGUGACGGCCGCCGGGAGGGGGCAAGGGAGCGGCGGGGUGGGCAGGCGCACCUCGGACGCCAGGACGCUGAGAAAAGGAACCCGGCGACAAGAGAGACGCAACCGAAAAUCUACAGGAGCCAACCUACGUUCCCUAAGCAUGGUGACUCAGAUAAUUAGCACCAUGGAGACCCAGGCCAGUAAUGGCCCUGGCAGUGUGGGUAUUCUUAACGGCACCAAUGGGGCGGCAGAUGACAGCAAAACCAACUUGAUCGUCAAUUAUCUUCCCCAAAACAUGACACAAGAAGAAUUUAAGAGUCUGUUUGGCAGUAUCGGGGACAUUGAGUCUUGCAAACUGGUCAGAGACAAAAUCACAGGUCCUAAGGUAGCACUUUCACUGACUACACAUCUUGCCCACACAGGUCAGAGUUUGGGGUACGGAUUUGUAAAUUACGUGGAUCCUAAUGAUGCGGAUAAAGCCAUAAACACACUGAAUGGACUGAAAUUACAGACAAAGACCAUCAAGGUAUCCUACGCUCGCCCCAGCUCCGCCUCCAUACGUGAUGCCAACCUAUACGUCAGCAGCCUGCCCAAAACCAUGAAUCAGAAAGAGAUGGAGCAACUCUUCUCCCAGUAUGGCAGAAUCAUCACCUCACGCAUCCUGGUCGACCAGGUCACAGGGGUCUCUCGGGGAGUGGGUUUCAUCCGAUUUGAUAAGAGAAUAGAGGCUGAGGAGGCAAUCAAAGGGUUGAAUGGGCAAAAACCACUUGGUGCCAGUGAACCAAUCACGGUGAAGUUUGCCAACAACCCCAGCCAGAAAACAGGUCAAGCGCUCCUUACCCACCUAUACCAGACCACAGCCCGGAGGUACACAGGACCCCUGCACCAUCAGACGCAGAGAUUCAGUCCGCUCUCUUUCCUUCCCAGGUUCUCUCCUAUCACCAUUGACAGUGUUACUAACCUUGCCGGAGUCAGCUUGACUGGUCCUACCUCCGCUGGCUGGUGCAUAUUUGUCUACAACCUAUCCCCAGAGGCCGAUGAGAGUGUCCUGUGGCAACUGUUUGGGCCAUUCGGUGCCGUGACGAAUGUCAAAGUUAUCCGGGACUUCACCACGAACAAGUGCAAAGGUUUUGGAUUCGUCACGAUGACAAACUACGAUGAGGCGGCCAUGGCUAUUGCCAGUCUGAAUGGAUACCGGCUGGGAGACAGGGUCUUGCAAGUUUCAUUUAAAACCAGUAAACAGCACAAAGCAUGAAAGGGAGGGCACUGAAUGGAGAGAGUGAGAGGUAGGAUCGGGAAGAGGUGCAAGAGGGAACAAGAAAGAGAGAGAGGGUAGAAGUAGGGUGGGUAUCUCUAAACCUUGGGCAACAGCAGAUAUUUGCCACCACGGAGGCUGAACAUGGUGGAACAGAGCCUGGUAACUGAAGGGUUCAACACAGGAUUAAGCGUCCUCUAUUUUUGGUUCAAAACACAUAAACCUUAGUACCACCAAUAAUGGUGCAGUUGAGUUGUAGUGUAUCACUGAUAGGACUGAUAAGAAUGCCCACUCAGGCAUGUCUAAGGUUUGUCUUGGAGUCUGAUACUUCCAAGCCCAAUACAGUAGGCACUAUUAGAAGUGGUAUACACAAUGCAAAUCAUGAUACUUUAUUGACUAAUGUUUAAAACAUGGUGUCACCAGAAGAUACAUGGUUGGACAGCACCACUGAUUUGAAGAAUGACUAGGACCCAUAUAUAAGGUAUUGAGAUGUUCAAAUUCAGGGCUGAUGAGGAGAACUGGAGAGCUUGGCACUUCUAUGGCUGGUACAGGGGGUAUAGAGCCCGGAAAGCUACGUAUGUAGGAAAUUGUGGUUCUCUCACUUUUUUGGCUGUGAACUGGCUUGCCGUUCCUUCAGCCACUUGGCUUAGCACCUUUCACUGCCUCUUUCUCUUCUCCAUGUCCUCACCACUCGACAUCCUCCCUUCUCCUAAUGAGUAAUAAAUGAAGAAACGAGAUGGCCGAAAAAUCAAGAGAGAGAGAGAGAAAAAAAAUAUCUAUUUUUUUAAAAAAGGAGAAAAAAAAUAAUCCAGUGAGCAUUUUAAGCCUUUCGCACUUGUCCCAAAUUAUAAGAGUCCAUUUAAAAAAAUAUAUAUAUACAUACAGAUUUGCUCUUUUAAUUCAACUACGGGGUACCACUACAAGACCAUUUUUUUAAUUAGGAAAGCCCCUUCCAUGUUAGUGGCUUCCAGAUUGAAUUCUAGUGCACCUGCCAUGCAAAAAUAACUUGGGGUCAUUAAAAAGAAUUCCUUGACUUCUGCCUGUACCAUUGUCCUAGCCAUAUUGUUGACAAACACGAUGAUGUUAAGUUAGUCAACUUAAAAAGGACUUUUUUUUGUAAUUAACAUUUUUCUACAUCCUAUCUUGUGUACGAACAAAGCUGAUCAUUCAUUCAAACGGUUGAAUUUACUGCAAGCUAAGAAAGAAAAAAAUACAUAACUUGCAAUAAUACACAUUUUUUUAAUACCCCCAAGUUAUCGUUGCUUGACAAAAAUAAAAAUAAAAAUCUUGAUCCGUGAUGCAUUUUAAAUUUUAACUGCAAUAUAUUUAUAUGUUAAAAGGAUUCCCAAUUUUUGGGACUUGUUUAAAGCCUUUUCAUUCAGACUGUCUUUAUAUAUUUUACACAGUGGCCCCUGUUUUGGUAAUUAAACAUAGAUGACAUCCCUACUCAUGACGGAGAAAUCUUAAACUUUGUGUGUUUUUAUUAAAUAUUAUUAUUGAAUAUUGUGCCAGGUUUUGGGUUAACAACAAAUGUCAAGAUUGGGUGAAAUUAUAGCUUCAGACCCACUUAUCUACAGCAAAAAUAUAUAUUUCAGCCGCAUUAAAAAAAAAUUCCAUUUAAAUAAAUAAAUAAAAAAACAUUAAUGAAUGCAAAAUACAAUUCUGAAGUUAAAAAUAAAUAUCUCAGCAAGCAGAAAGCCUUUUAUACUGUACUAUAUGCCUUACAUUAAGGAAUAGCUUAGCUCUUGGCUAAAAAAGAGGAGGCGCUGUUGAGUGGUUAAUAUAACUGAUAUUAGCAAUUAAUAUCUGGAGGAAUAGACUCCCUACAAGUGCAAUAAUGGAAUCACCAAGAUUAUCUACUUACAGAGAAAAAUCAUUGUAAAUCUUUCACACUUUUUAUUUUUCAGCAUUGCCUAUCUUUAGUAACAAAAUUUUAGUUACAGCAUGCAUUCCACAUUACAGGACAGUCAAACCUGCAAAAAAUAAUUAUUGUGGACUUUUAAGACAAGAAAAACCAUAGAAAUGGGUAGGGUAAUCCUAAUAAUGACUAUGACCCGUGUCCCAUAACUGAACAUAAAACUAAAAUAAACUAAUACUUCAGUACAUCUAUGUUCCUAUAGUACUGUAGGUUAUGAUUUUGAAUCCAAAAUGUAGAUAACUUUAAGACUCUACAAAAUAAAAUGCAACAUCAAGAAUAAUGUCUAAUCUGACAUCUGACCCUGUUUUUCUUUAUGUUUUUAAAAUACAAAAUCAAAUCGGUUAAAUCUUAAUUGAUAGCUAUAAGACAGGCGGCUCUAUAGCAACAAAUUUAACUUUUCUUUUAGAUAGCUGAGAGCUUGAGCUUUUUCUCAAUGAAGGCAUACUUAUACCAUAACUUGAAGAAAAUGGAAAGUGGGACUGCAGCCUUAAUUCUGAGCAAAUAUUCAUAACAUAUAAAUUAAAUUAGCUUGGCAUUGAAUUAUUGUGUAGAGGGAAAAAAAUAGCUAGAGAAAAUUUGGUUGUUUAUUAGUUACGUUAGCUUUUGUUAUGAAUCGUAUUUUUUUUGUUUAAUUUGUUUUUUUUUAGAUUAACUCCCCAGACGUUUCUCUAGUUACUGUGUUUUUAAUAUGAUUUAAUCAUAUUGUUUUGGUGUUUAUUUUCUAAUAAAAAUAACGUAGCUGGGAUAAGGUAGAGAACAAACUCUUCUACCCCACAUUUUUAGUUAGUUCUUUGUGUUCUAGAUUCUGUGUGGUUUCUUUGACCGUGUUUAGUAGAAUGUUGUAGGAUCUCUUGCAAAUUAAAAAUAAAAUGAAGAGUCAACAAAAGGAUAAAAGGACAUUUAUGUAAAGAAAAAAAUGAACAAAAAAAUAUAAAAAAAGAAAACCUGGCGAGAUCUUUUAAACUGUUGUUUUUAACUUAUUUCGAAGUAUUUAUUCUUUAUUUGUGUGGGUAUAAAUAUGUGCAUAUUUAUGUUUGUUGAGCCUAAGCAAACAAGCUUUCUUUUUUUCUUUUUUCGUCAAAGCCCUUCUCCAAUGAGGAAACGGGGCUUGAUUAGCAUUGAAGGAAAAGGUGAUAAUUUAUUUAAAGAAUGAAGAAAGGGGGGGGGUUGAAACAUUGUUAAAAAAAAUAAAAAAACACGAAUAAAAAAAAACAAUAAUGUGCAUUUUUUAUAAGCUGGUUUCAAAUCCAUUGAGCUGAGAGCACUGAGUAAUAAAACGCAUAAAAAAAGGAAAUAAAAACAAUUAUUAAUAAAAAA